CUUAAAUCCACUCAUCUCCUAACUUUUCUCGAUAAAUGAGCCAGAAGAGCCAUCAAAACGUUUGAUGCAGGUGCUGGCACAACAGCAAAAGCAAAAGAGCAAACCACCUAGCAACACCAUGGUUGCCACCGUACCGGUAGGUAGAUCAAGGAAAUGAAAGAUGCAAGACGACUCUGGAGGCAAAGAAUAGGUCUACUCCUUGCGUUGCAGUGGAGUUCCCAAUUGUCAACUCUUUCAUCGACUACAGCAACGGCAUUUCAAGUGUCGUCCCAAUUAUGGAAGAAGACUUUGCAAGUGUCGUCUCCUUGUCUGGACGUUUCCUUGAAAGGCAGCAAUGACAACUUUGAUGCUCCAGCAGACAGCAGCAACACUCCAAAAGGCUGCGUACUAUUUCGGGCAACGAUUCCCCGGACGAUGCCAGAGAGGCGUCGUAGCAAACGAAAACGGAACAUUGAGGAGGACAAUGUGGUGCCUUGCUCAUCCAACUAUGAAUCCAUAAUGACAAGCUACUUUCAGCAGACCCAAUCCACUAAUACUAACGCGACAAUCAUUCACACUGCAACACCCUCCGAUUACAUGCCGUCCACGGUGGAUUUUGCAAUGCCAGCCAACUGCAGUUUGCUGCCAGAGAUUUGCCGUUCUCUCCCUGCCACACGAUUGUCCGUGGUGGUGGCACAAUGGAAUGCCAAUCCAAGCAGUGACGCAAUGGACGAGAUGACUACUAGAAGUAGAAACCUUCCUGACUACCUGUCACGGGCCAAGGCUGUAUGGUCGAAUUUGGGGAACCAUGAGGAGGACAAGACCGUCAGCAGCUUUUGCAUCUCUCCCGGCAAUUCCAAACAAGGAAAUGGCAAGCAACGACAGUCUAGGGCGAAAACAUCCUCGGAACCAUCGGGCAUCAUGGGCAGGACAUGUCAUCAAAUCUCCGAGAUCAUGACACAAUGUAUGGGGUGGGUUCCGCACACAAAAGCUUCUUCGACUUUGGAUCCUACGUUUUCGUUUCUAUUGCGAGCUGAAAAUAGUCGCAACCAAGACAGCAGCAGCGUUCCCAAACAGUAUGCAUUGGAACUGAUGGUCUUGGAGCGACGAUGGCCACUGCCCAAACUCAACAACAAUAAUAAUAAUCCCAACACGAAAAGGAUUGAAUCCUUUGUGGUGGCCAGGUCCGCCAACCUACAACCCAACGAGGUUGUUUGGGAUCCCUUUUGCCAACGGGGCACCUUUCUUGUGGAAGCCGCCAAGUACUGGCCCACGGCAACCUAUCACGGAACCGACAAGAAUAUGGGACAUCUCCAACACGCACAAAUGAAUGCCAAGUCCACCGCCACGCACUUGCACUUGUAUCAUCAUGUCAAUGCUUCUUUUCCCAAUGGACCCAUCAUGGUCGACAAGAUUCUGACUCGUCUUCCGUCGCGUCGCCACCAAUCGUACUAUCAAAGGUUACUGACAGAGUGGUCCAACAACGUUUUGCGACCUUCUGGUACUGUGGUCCUACUUGUCAAUGUCCCGGACGAUCUGGAUGCCUUGAAAAUGGCCGUCCACAACCUGUCGGGCCGCUACGAGAUCUCAUUCCUUCGAAGUCCCUCGUUUCCGGUGGGCAAUACGAAUUCGUCACGUCGUCGUGCCACCCUGGCGAUUCUGCGGCAUCGCCUGCCACCACGACAGAGCAAGAAGGAACAAAGUGUAUCGUCAAGCCUCGAAACGAGGCCUCCGCAACAAUCCACCACGAGAGUGGGGUUGCUGGAAUGGGAACAAGAGCGAUUGCAGGCAGCAGGACUUUUUGCAUCUGCCGACACCAAGGCGAUGCAGCAAGUUUGGGCACAAAUUAGGUCAGAGACACUUCCUUGGAUGGUGCCCUAUACAAGCCGCAAACUGGAGCAAACAAGAAUCCAAUUGUCCAACGGAAAGUUGGUGUAGCUAGCUCGUGGUAUACAUUCAAUCAAUUUUGAUGCCAGGCAAGAAUACGGGGGACAGUGGGUUGUUAACUGUGGGUUGUUGCGCUUUUAGUGGCUUUUGGCUGAAUUGGUUCUGUGUUCUAUUAGUACGAAAGUUAAAACGCAGUUCGGAAGCUCACGCAUACACGCGUAUAGACGCAAUGGAGGAUGUUUUCCUGGUUUCCUUUCAAGCUUGAUUCCGGCAUCAACCCAAAGCCCGAGGUCAGCCCCGACAUAGAUAGAGUUCCGACGUAAAAUGCACUGACAUAGAUGAUAGAAGUCGGCAAUAGUUCGUUCAUCACGCACAGAUUUCAUGCAUUAGGGGCACUUCAAAUUUCCAGUAGUGGCCUUUGUGGAGAUGGUGGAUCGCUUUGUCAUGGAGGAGACUCCAGAUGAGCCUGUGGACUCUAGUUCGGCAGCAUCACUGAGUGAGGAUACCAUUUCCACGUCUUGACGAGGAGGUGGCAUGACUGCCCGAUGAUUGUCAUCUUCGCCGCCAUUGUCGAUGCGGGCCUGAGCGUCUCCCAGGGGAAGCACGGGUUCGGCUGCAACACCCGGGGCAGCAGCUGCAAACGGGAGAGCUGCCAUGAUACCCACUGCU